GCUCGGCUCGGCUCGCUGUCCCGCUGCCCCACCAUGGGCUUCUCCGCCCUGGUCGCCAGCGCCCUGUGCACCUUCCUGCUGCCCCUGCUGCUCUUCCUGGCCGCCGUUCGGCUCUGGGACCUGUACUGCGCCAGCGGCCGCGACCCCAGCUGCCCGCUGCCGUUGCCCCCGGGUACCAUGGGGCUCCCCUUCUUUGGGGAGACGUUGCAGAUGGUGCUGCAGCGGCGGAAAUUCCUGCAGAUGAAGCGCAGGAAAUACGGCUUCAUCUACAAGACUCAUCUCUUCGGGCGGCCCACGGUGCGGGUGAUGGGCGCCGAGAAUGUGCGGCACAUCCUGCUGGGUGAGCACCGCCUGGUCUCCGUGCAGUGGCCCGCCUCGGUGCGCACCAUCCUGGGCUCGGGCUGCCUCUCCAACCUCCACAAUGGGCAGCACAAACACCGCAAAAAGGUGAUCAUGCGGGCCUUCUCCCGGGACGCCCUGCAGCACUAUGUGCCCGUCAUCCAAGAGGAGGUGAGUGCCUGCCUGGCACAGUGGCUGGGUGCUGGGCCCUGCCUGCUGGUGUACCCUGAGGUGAAGCGCCUCAUGUUCCGCAUCGCCAUGCGCAUCCUGCUGGGCUUCCAGCCCCGCCAGGCCGGCCCUGACAGCGAGCAGCAGCUGGUGGAGGCCUUCGAGGAGAUGAUCCGCAACCUAUUCUCCCUCCCCAUCGAUGUGCCUUUCAGUGGGCUCUACCGGGGCUUGAGGGCACGCAACAUCAUCCAUGCCAAGAUUGAGGAGAACAUCCGUGCCAAGAUGGCCCGCAAGGAGCCUGAGAGUGGUUACAAGGACGCGCUGCAGCUGCUGAUGGAGCACACACAGGGUAACGGAGAGCAGCUCAAUAUGCAGGAGCUGAAGGAGUCUGCCACAGAGCUGCUGUUUGGGGGCCAUGAAACCACUGCCAGUGCUGCCACAUCGCUGAUCGCCUUCCUGGGGCUCCACCAUGAUGUUCUGCAGAAAGUGAGGAAGGAGCUGCAAGUAAAGGGGUUACUGUCUGGUCCCAACCAAGAGAAGCAAUUGGACAUGGAGGUCUUGGAGCAGCUGAAGUACACAGGCUGUGUUAUCAAGGAGACCCUCAGGCUGAGCCCUCCCGUUCCUGGAGGAUUCCGAAUAGCACUCAAGACACUUGAGCUGAAUGGAUACCAGAUCCCCAAAGGCUGGAACGUUAUUUACAGUAUCUGUGAUACCCACGAUGUGGCCGAUCUCUUUACUGACAAGGAUGAGUUCAACCCAGACCGCUUCAUGUCUCCGUCUCCAGAGGACUCCUCUAGGUUCAGUUUCAUUCCUUUUGGUGGGGGCUUGAGGAGCUGCGUAGGCAAAGAGUUUGCGAAAGUCCUUCUAAAAAUAUUUACGGUGGAGCUGGCGCGAAGCUGUGACUGGCAGCUGCUAAAUGGACCUCCUACAAUGAAAACGGGCCCCAUAGUGUACCCUGUGGACAAUCUGCCUGCCAAAUUCAUAGGUUUCAGCGGCCAAAUCUGAGUGCUCAACGCUUCCCUCCGGCUGGAUUUCAGUAUAACAUCUCAUAUGUACAUAGUAACUUUUUAUUGUAACGAAGGCCUUUAAAUAUUUAAACUUGUAAAUGUACAGUAGUUAUUUAUGUCUAAGUAUUUCAAAAGGCUAUGAUUUUUUUCCCCAAGCACUACAAUUAUGGGUCGCUGAUUCAUAAUUAGAUAAUUUUAUUUCUAUAGAAAUAAGUUUUUCCCUAUUUAAAAAUCUUACUGCAAGCUGGCCAGAUACAUGUUUGACAAGACAUUUCACCAUGGUGUAUGCAUUCAGAAAUAUUCUCAAAGGCAUUUGGAACAACGGCAAGUAGCUAUCAUCCAAAUUAUCUAAAUCAUUAUGGUUUGAGGUUUUCAGUAUUAUUUGUGUCUAGACCUCAUGUCUAAUGUGUGAAUUUUAAGUUUGAUAAUAAAGUUUAUUUUUGAAGAUCCUCUGUAUGAAGAUCUGCCUACGUACUAGAGGGUAGCUUAGCCAGAUAAAUGAGUCUAAAGGGUUUGAAUAUCAAUCAGGCUUGCUUUUGUGGAUAUGCUGUUUGCUGUUUUUAUGCUCACACCUCUCCCCUACCCUCUUGCCCCACAUGUGCUUCUCACUUGUGCACAGUAAACUGUUUCAGCACUGUGAUAUGACAGUAACUGCUAUGCGUCUCUUUAUCAUAAUGUUGAGACAUAGUAAAUAAGGAAGUAAAGGGAAGCAGAAGAACAGCAUGUAACACGAGUGUUUAUCUGGAACUGGAGAAAACAGGUAGGGAGAAAAAAACUCCAUGAAGGUUCUCUCCUCCUGUGUUACUGCUGACCUGUAUAAACAGAGCACUGGCUCUUGUUCUAUGUUGAGUCUGCAGUCCAUGAGCCUUUACUUACAAAGGUGUCUCUUAUCAGCUGUUAGAGCAAAUAAAAUCUGCUAUGAUUUCUUGUUAAAAUGCAACAGUUCUGCGUAGGUCAGAGAUGGAGUGUACAUUUGGUUUAAGAACUUCUUUCCUGGAAUUCAGCAAAGUGAAAACUAAAAGGCAGGCACUAAU